GUCGUUAAUCUGCACGCGAGGUCAGGAAUGGCGUUCGUACAUCGUGCGUUAACAACAAGUUGUUUUGGUUCUAGCCAGGCAGCGCUUGGAUGUGGCAGACGGCUGGUCCGCUGCCUGUCGUCGGCGGCGACCGAGUUGGCGCCGGUGUCGUCGUCGUCGUUGGGCAAGGUAUACGAGCUGCGCACGUACGACGUCAAGCCGAAGCGAAUGACAGAGUUCCUGGAGAUGACGGCUCGUGAGAUACAUCUGAGACUCGCUGUAGCCAAGUGCCUUGGAUACUGGGUCUGUCAGUUUGGAGCCAUCAACCAGACAGUGCACCUGUGGGAGUUCGAUUGCUACGCGCAUCGUGCAGAAUCCAGGGUAGCGAUGAUGCAGAGUAGCGAACUGGUGGAAAGAUUCCUGACACCAGUAAUGCAGAUGGUCAACAAGCAGCACAGCCAGAUGCUCAGACUACUACCGGGGACCAGCCUCAACUGCCCAGCUAAACCUGGUGGUGCUUACGAGUUAGUCAGUCUGUGCAUGAAGUCUUCACCCACCGUGUGGCUGCCAAAAGCUGCAGAGAUGGUACCAGCAUGUAACUCCGUUGUACAUACGUCAGGUGCCAGUGUUGUUGCGGCAUUCAAAACCGAAUUCGGACCACUAAACGAAUGCAUCUUUCUCCUGCACUACCCUUCAUUUGACAUGCACCUGCAGUAUGCUGAAGCUAUAAUGUCUAAUGAUGAGUGCUUCAAGUUAGUUUCAAAGUUUGCCAACAUGGUCGCCGAGGGUCACAAUAAGGGCAUGACACCAUUCCCUGGCCUGCAGACGGCCAUGCAGUGAUACAAGGGCCGUUCUGCCACCACCGUCACGACAGCAACUAGUGCCUUACCUGCCCUAUUGACACUGGGGACGUCCUCAAAGGUGAGGAAGUCAGGGGAGGGUGUUACGCCGUGGAGACUAAAGAGUUAUACUAAGUCGUGAAGUGAAGUGUGUUUGAUAGGAGAAUUCAUGCCGUGUGCAUAUCUUUACAUUGGGUUGUAAAGUGCUGCGUUGAAAGGGGAAUUAUCAAAUUAUGUACGAAUAAUUUGAGCACGCCCUGGGUAAAUAUAGUUAUAUACUCAGUCAUGAAGUGAAAUGCAUUUGACAGUGUCGUCUGUUUGACAGAAAAAAUUCACGCCGUAUGCGAAUCUACUGUAGAAGGUACUGCGUCAGAAAGGUAGUUAUUAAAUUAUACACGAAUAGUUGUGUUGCAUGAGAACGAUCCCAUCCCUAGCAAAAUGUUUCACCAAGCGCGAAUAGUUAUGCUAUAUGGAAAACGUUGCAUUAGACGCGUAUCAGCAUAUGUGAAACUAGACGUAGCGUUGCGACGCAAGUGAAAUAUUAUGCGAUGUGUAGGAAAAGAUCUAGCAUAGCUGUAGUCUUACGCAGUGUAUGAUGUACGCGACACUUCGUAUGUGACGAGCUAAUAAAAGCAAUUGUGAUGUUAUAAUACA